AUGGAGAGGGAGAUUAUUGAAGAACAUGGUAUUGAGGAUUUUUAUGUGUUGCUGUCUUUGUGUGUGGGCCUUGGUAUUGUUCUUGGUAUUGUUCUUGUGUGGGAUUUUUGCGCUCGAUUCGGAGGUCUGAUGAACGGACACGGCAUGGAAUUGUGGAGAUUGAGAAGCGGCAUAACGAUGCCAGUUGACCUACUAUGGUUUGAGAGGUUUCUCCUUGAUACCUUGCUUGUCAUGAGUCGGAGUGUUUUCCUUGAAAUCCAAGCCCAUCAUGGACCAUCACUCUUACGCAUAGUAAGACUGCUACGAUCUGCGCCGAAAACUGAGGAUGAAGAUCAAGAUGUUGAACUUGUUGAGGGAGUUAUGGCUUGCAUCCAUAUUUGGAUCAGCGUAAAACUACGCCAAGUGAGUGUUGUGAGUGGUACGGUCGAAUCUGAUUUCAUUUCGACAAAUACGAUGAUGCUGUUCUUCUGCAUGCUCUGCAACAACAGCGUCACUCCGCGACUCGUCGCCUCGAAAUCUUUCGAGAUCUCUCCUUUCCAAUUCCCGAUUCUCGUCUUGAGCGAGCCACAGGUCGCAGAGUUUUGGGUAUUAGCAGAGCUCGCACACAGAAAAGGUACCUUCUGGGGGAUGCUGAAUAAGGCUGGGAACACGGAAAAGUUCGCGGAUCUGCUUGCGUGA